AUGAAAGGCUAUGAUAAGGGGUACCGCGUAGCUCCAGCUAUGAAAAACCGUUCUCGCCGGAGAACCCACCACCUCGCCACGCCGCGCCAGCCGCUGUCGUCGCCCUACAAUGGCAACCGCCACCACGAUGGUCAGAUCCGGGCACUAGUGCCUGAAUCCCACACGCUUUGUCCCUUGGUCAGCCGCGCUCGUCCUGCCGUCGCGUUGUCACGUAGGCCUUCAUCAGAUCCGCAAACCGGUCAACAACCAUCGGCCAAUUCCCUCCCUCAGGGCCGACGCGAGCCGCUCCGUGACGGCCGCCGAACGCCUGACUUCGUCACACUACCCAUCCUGCCAGAUCCGAAGCUGAUCCGCAGGACACGCACCACCGUGCACACCUGCGACCAGCCGGAGAUGAUCCUGGCCUCCGCCUUCCCCAGAGCGAUGCGAACUUUGCUAGAGGGCGCCUCAGGCGUCGGCAAGGGGAGGAAGACAAACUCUUCUUGUACCACCUCAUCAAAUGAGCUGAUCCAGUUUGAUCCACCCGAGCUAAGCUUCCCUUGCCCCCCGAACAAGGCUUCACUCUGCUCGGUUAAUAUAGUCAACAUUACAGAUUACUACAUUGGUUUCAAUAUUUGCCGUUUGAAGGAGUUGUCUGGGUGCUACGAGACAGAGACACGUCGAGGGAUUCUGGCACCACGGUCCACUCAAAGAAUGCUUGUAAAAUGGGUACCCAAUGAAGAGGACAUUAAGUGCAAAAAAAGCAUACUUUUGUGGAACAUGAUUGUGGCUCAAGGUGUCGAAUCCUGCAGCUUGAAGGGUCACUGCAGUGCUAAAGACAACAAGGAGUUGCCCUUCAUUUUUAACAAUAAUAACAUAAGUAGCCCUGCAGGUACCUCAACCUCAGGAGACGAGGUGAUCCGAUUGGACCAUCCUGCACGGCUCGUCUUUCCGCGAAACCACACAGGCUUGUCCUCAAUUAACAUUGUCAACCUCACCGAUUACUAUGUUGGUUUUCAUCUGUUUAUUAUGCCUGGAAGAGAUGAGGCCGUGACCUACCAUCUGGUUACUGAAGUAGGAAUUUUAGCACCACGGUCUGAUCAAAGACUCGUCGUAGCAAGGCUAAUAAAUGAAAAGGAAACACAAGAUACACAGUACAACGACGACAAGCUCUUUAUAUGGAAUGCCAUUGUCAGUGAAGGCGUCAAAGUCAGCGACCUCGAUUUCCAAGGAACGACGACAAGCUCUUUAUAUGGAAUGCCAUUGUCUCUGGAGAUAGAGCUGAGCAUGGAGUUGCCCUUAAUUCUUACUAAGACAAGCUCAACCGAGUUGGUUCAGUUUGAUCCUCCCGAGCUCAGCUUUCCCCUGUUGCCAAACCAGAUAGUGUUGUCGUCAACUAACAUAGUCAAUAUUACAGAUCAGUACAUCGGUUUCGGUGUAUGCACCAAGGAAAGCAAUUCAGCAUGGUACAACGCAAAUCCGUCGCAAGGAAUUUUGCCACCACUGUCCACACAAGUAAUCCUGGUAAAGAGGAUAGCAAAGGGAAAGGAACCAGAAGACACUGAGUGCAAAGGCAAGUUUUUGGUGUGGAGCGGCAUUGUAACUGAAGAUCCGAAAGCCAGAGAUAUUGAUAACAUGUCCGAGACAAAGUGUACCAAGUUGCCCAUUGUUCUUACACAGACAAGUUCAUCUAUCUCAGAGGAGUUGAUCCAGUUUGAUCCACCAGAACUUCACUUUCCCACUUUGCCAAAAAAGAAGGUGUUGUCCUCAAUUAAGAUAGUGAACCUUACAGAUUACAAUGUUGGUUUCAAGACAUACAGCAGGCCAACAAAUAGGGCAUGGUACCACACAGAGCCACCGGGAGGAAUCCUGCCACCACGAUCCACACAAAAACUUAUGGUAACAAGAGAAGAAAAGAAAGAUGCAUUAAAAUAUAAGCAGUUCAAUGAAAAGUACUUUGUGUGGACUGGCAUUUUAUCUGAAGGUGUCAAAGACAGCGAACCUAGUGAUUACACGGAUGAACAAGAGAGCAAAGAGGUGCCCAUUGUUCUCGACAAGAUAAGCUCAUUAACCUCAGAUGAGCUGAUCCAGUUGGAUCCCGCGGAGCUCUGCAUACCCCACUUGCCAAACAAGCAAAUUAAGUUCAUAGUAAAUGUAGGCAACACUACAUAUUUCUACGUUGCUUUCAAUGUAUAUGUCAUCAGCAGGAAUGCAACGCGGGACAAGGAAUCAAUAUCGAAAGGAAUCCUGGAACCACGAUCCACUAAUAGACAAAUGCUACAUUGGACAAUUGAUGAGACGGAUGAUAUCUUUGUGUGGAGCCGUGUUGUGACUGAAGGUGUCGAAAGCAUAGACAUCACCGGUUACAUGGUUGAGGAAGAGAGUAAGAAACUGCCCUUUAUUAUUGUUAAUAAGGCAAGCCCGACAUGUAGCUCAAAGGAGCUGAUCCAGUUUGACCCGCUUGAGCUCAGCCUCCCCUUGAUGCCAAACAAGCCCUUGGUUUUUUCAGUUAAUGUAGUCAACAGUACAGACUACUAUGUUGGUUUUCGUACACAUAACCUAGAAACAAAUGUGGCCCUGUACUACCCAUAUCGUUGCGGUGCAGUUAUGCCACCAGGGUCCACUCAAAGGCUCGUUGUAAAAAGGGUACCAAAGAAAAAGGAAGACAUGCAAUGCCAAGACGAUAAGUUCCUUGUAUGGAGUUGCUUAGUGAGUGAAGGUACCAAAGCCAUCGACCUUUAUGACUGGCCCAAAUACGAAGGGGGUAAGGAGUUGCCAAUUGUUUAUACUAACAUGACAAGCAGCUUAUGCAACUCAGAUGAGUUGAUUCAGUUUGAUCCUCCACAUCUCCAGUUCACAUUCCUUUCCAACAUGAGGGCGUCCAUGUUGCGCUUGCUUAAAAUAGUCAAUGUUACAGAUCACACUGUCGGUUUCAAUACAUUGUCUCGUAAAGAAAAUUCCGCGUCGUACAGAAUAGAACCGCAUGCAGGGAUCCUGUCACCACAGUCCACCAAAGUAAUCAAGGUAAGAAGGACCCUAAAGGAAUAUGAAACGGAAGACAUGCAAUGCACAGACAAGCUUUUUGUGUGGAAUGGAAUUGUGACUCAAGGUGUCAACGUUAGCGAUGUCCAAUUUCUCGGGGGGGAUGAAGAUAAAGAGUUGCCCAUUGUUCUAACAAAGCAUGGAGAAAGCAGUUCAAGGUAG